GCGGGGGGCGCUCCGCGUCUCCUGCCCGGGGCAGGCCCCGGUGCGGGGCGCUGGGGGUGAGGGCAGGAGCGGGGGGCGCAGGAUGAGGCCGGCGGAGGAUGAGGAGGCUCCUGAGCGCUGGGAGAGGAAGGACUCGACCAAGAGAGCACCGAGGAGAUGUCGGCUGUGAAGCCCGACAAGGGCGAAGGCGACGCCAGCAGCACGAGCAGCGCCGGCGGUGGGGAGGCCCAGGAGUCACAGCCGUCCCCGCUGGCCCUGCUGGCAGCCACCUGCAGCCGCAUCGAGUCUCCCAAUGAGAACUCCAACAGCUCCCAGGGCCAGCAGGGCGGGAGCGGCGAGCUGGACCUGAACGCGGCCGCCGCCCAGCUCACCCAGUCGGCCAACGGCUGGCAGAUCAUCUCGGCGGGCUCCAGCACCCCCACGGGCUCCAAGGAGCCGGGCAGCAACGGCAGCAACGGCGGCGACGCCUCCAAGAGCCGCCCGGUCAGCACCGGGCCCUACGUGGUCACCUCGGCGUCCGGCCUGCAGAACCAGCAGGUGCUGACGGGCCUGCCGGGCGUCAUCCCCAACAUCCAGUACCAGGUGAUCCCCCAGUUCCAGACCAUCGACGGGCAGCAGCUGCAGUUUGCCACCACCCCGGCGCAGGUGAACGUGCAGCAGGAUGCCUCGGGGCAGCUGCAGAUCAUCCCCGGCUCCAACCAGCAGAUCAUCACCAGCCGCGCGGGCGGCAGCAACCUCAUCGCCAUGCCCAACCUGCUGCAGCAGGCCGUGCCCAUCCAGGGCGUGGGGCUGGCCAACAACAGCCUCUCCGGGCAGACCCAGUACGUGGCCAACGUGCCCGUGGCCCUGAACGGCAACAUCACCCUGCUGCCGGUCAACAGCGUGGCCGCCAGCCUGGCCCCCACGUCCCAGACGGGCACCCUGAGCAGCUCGGGCUCGCCGGACAGCAGCUCCCAGCCGGCCACCUCGGGGGCUGCCAGCAGCUCGGCCAGCACGGCCACGUCCCAGGCCAGCUCGGGCGCCUUCUUCACCAACGCCAACAGCUACUCCACCACCACCACCACCAGUAACGUGGGCGUCAUGAAUUUCUCCACCAGCGCCACGGUGGGCACCAACGUGCAGGCGCAGACCCCCCAGAGGGCCAGCAGCGUCCCCAGCUCGGACUCUCUGCAGACCCCGGUGUCGGGGGUGGCCCUGCAGCCGGGCCAGCAGAAGGAGGGCGAUCAGAGUCAGCAGUCGCAGCAGCAGCAGCAGCAGAUCCUGAUCCAGCCGCAGCUGGUCCAAGGAGGGCAGACAAUCCAAGCCCUCCAGACCACCCCGCUGUCUGGCCAGACCUUUGCCACUCAAGCCAUCUCCCAAGACACCUUGCAGAACCUGCAGCUCCAAGCCGUGCCCAACUCCGGGCCCAUCAUCAUCCGCACGCCCACGGUGGGUCCCAACGGGCAGGUGAGCUGGCAGACCAUCCAGCUGCAGAACCUGCAGGUGCAGAACCCGCAGGCGCAGACAAUCACGCUGGCCCCCAUGCAGGGCGUGUCGCUGGGCCAGACGGGCAGCACCAGCACCACGCUGACCCCCAUCGCCUCCCUGCCCAGCGGCACCGUCACUGUCAACGCCGCCCAGCUCUCCUCCGUGCCGGGCCUCCAGACUAUUAACCUCAGUGCCUUGGGAGCGUCCGGGAUCCAGGUGCACCAGCUGCAGGGGCUGCCCCUGGCCAUCGCCAACGCCCCCGGUGAGCACGGGGCCCAGCUGGGGCUGCACGGCGGCAGCGGGGACGGGCUGGGCGACGAGAGCACGGCCGUGGAGGAGGGGGAGACCAGCCCCGACCCCCAGCCCCAGCAGGGCCGGAAAACGCGCAGGGAAGCCUGCACCUGCCCCUACUGCAAGGAAGGAGAGGGCAGGAGCUCUGGGGAUCCAGGCAAGAAGAAGCAGCACAUCUGCCACGUGCCGGGCUGCGGGAAGGUGUACGGCAAGACGUCGCACCUGCGGGCGCACCUGCGGUGGCACACGGGGGAGAGGCCCUUCAUCUGCACCUGGGUGCUGUGCGGGAAGCGCUUCACCCGCUCCGACGAGCUGCAGCGGCACAAGCGCACGCACACAGGAGAGAAGAAGUUCGCCUGCCCGGAGUGCCCCAAACGCUUCAUGCGCAGCGACCACCUCUCCAAGCACAUCAAGACCCACCAGAACAAGAAGGGAGGCGCCGCCAGCGUGGCCAUGAACGUCUCGGCCGUCCCCAUGGACACGGCGGCCUCGGCCGAGGGCAACGGCGGCGCCACGCCCUCGGCGCUGAUCGCCACCAACAUGGUGGCCAUGGAGGCCAUCUGCCCCGAGGGCAUCGCCCGCCUGGCCAGCAGCGGCAUCAACGUCAUGCAGGUGGCCGACCUGCAGUCCAUCAACAUCAGCGGCAACGGCUUCUGAGGCUUCUGAGCGCGGGGCCGGCACCUCCAGCACUGCCCAGCCGCCACCUCCACCUGAAGGCCAGAGCUAUAUAUAUAUAUAUUUUUUAAUUUCGGCUUGAUUUUUUUUCCCCCCCCUCUUUUUUUGUCCCUUUUCCCUCCCCUCCUGCCUCCCCGUCCCCCCACCCGAGGUCCCUUGGCGUCGUCAUGCCUUGGUCCUUUUAGCAAAAAAAGCAAAAAAAAAA